AAGCAGUGACUAGGGACGUUGGUGGCUUCGUUCCCAUCUCACACCCAUUUUCAGUCCUUCGUUCUUCAAAAAUGGGAUCUACUCCUAACGCAAACGCGAACGGUUCAGACGCCGUAACGUCGUUAAUAGACUUCGGAACCGCAGAGGCAGUGGAUUACGUGUGUUCACUAACGGACGUUGGAACAAUGACGCGUCUUCUUCACGAGUGCAUAGCCCAUCAGAGAGCACUAGACGACGAACUCGAUGACCUCUUAUCUCAGCGAACCGACCUCGACAAACACCUCAUCGCUCUCCAACGUUCCUCUGAGGUUCUCGACAUCGUAAACUCCGACGCCGAUCACGUGCUCUCCAACGUCUCCUCCACGUGCGACCUAGCCGAUGACGUCAGCCGCAAGGUCCGCGAACUCGACUUGGCGCAAUCGCGCGUCAGAUCCACGCUACUCCGCAUCGACGCCAUCGUCGAGAGGGGAAAUUGCCUCGAAGGUGUGCAGAAAGCAUUGGAGAGCGAGGAUUACGAAUCCGCCGCGAGGUACGUUCAGAUCUUCCUUCAAAUCGACGCGCAAUACAAGGAGUCCGGUUCGGACCGGGUGCAGAGGGACCGGUUGAUGGCAGCGAAGAAGCAGCUCGAAGGUGUUGUGAAGAAGAAGCUCUCCGCCGCAGUGGACCAGCGAGACCACACCUCGAUUCUGAGGUUUAUUCGGCUUUACACGCCUCUGGGUUUGGAGGAGGAAGGGUUACAAAUUUAUGUUAAUUAUUUGAAGAAGGUGAUUGGGAUGAGAUCCAGAAUGGAGUUUGAGCAGUUGGUGGAGAUGAUGGAACAGAGGAAUGUCAACUUUGUUGGCUGUUUGACCAAUUUGUUCAAGGACAUUGUUUUGGCGAUUGAAGAGAAUAGUGAGAUCUUGAGUGGUUUGUGUGGGGAGGAUGGUAUUGUGUAUGCGAUCUGUGAGCUUCAGGAGGAGUGUGAUUCGCGUGGUUCUGUUAUCUUGAAUAAGUAUAUGGAGUAUAGGAAGUUGGCUAAGUUGGCAUCGGAGAUAAAUGCUCACAACAAUUUGCUUGGUGUUGGCGGAGGUCCUGAGGGACCUGACCCACGAGAGGUUGAGUUGUACUUGGAAGAGAUUCUGUCCCUUAUGCUGCUUGGUGAGGAUUAUACUGACUUCAUGAUUUCGAAGAUCAAGGCUCUUACUUCUGUUGAUCCUGAAUUGGUCCCUCGUGCAACCAAGGCCUUCAGGAGUGGUGGUUUUAACAAGGUUGCUCAGGAUUUGACUGGGUUUUAUGUGAUUCUGGAGGGUUUUUUCAUGGUGGAGAAUGUUAGGAAAGCUGUGAGGAUUGAUGAGCACGUGCCUCACAGCCUCACCACUUCCAUGGUGGAUGAUGUGUUCUAUGUCUUGCAGAGUUGCUUAAGGAGGGCGAUAUCCACUUCAAAUAUAAGCUCUGUUAUUGCUGUUUUGAGUGGGGCUUGUAGCUUGUUGAGCAAUGAAUAUCAUGAAGCCUUGCAACAGAAGAUGAGAGAACCUAAUCUUGGUGCAAAGUUGUUCUUUGGCGGUGUUGGUGUGCAGAAGACUGGGACAGAAAUUGCAACAGCUCUAAAUAAUGUGGAUGUAAGCAGUGAAUAUGUUCUGAAGCUAAAACAUGAAAUUGAAGAACAGUGUGCUGAGGUGUUUCCUGCGCUGGCUGAUCGAGAAAAGAUAAAAUCUUGCUUGUCUGAGUUGGGAGAUAGCAGCAAUGCUUUCAAGCAAGCUUUGAAUGUUGGCAUAGAACAACUUGUGGCAACCAUCACACCACAAAUACGACCAGUAUUAGACUGCGUGGGAACAAUCAACUAUGAACUUUCAGAGGCUGAGUAUGCAGAUAAUGAGGUGAAUGACCCAUGGGUUCAGAGACUUCUCCAUGCUGUGGAGACAAAUGUGGCAUGGCUGCAGCCACUGAUGACUGCUAACAAUUAUGACUCUUUUGUUCAUUUGGUCAUUGACUUCAUUGUGAAAAGGCUUGAAGUCAUCAUGAUGCAGAAAAGAUUUAGUCAGCUUGGUGGUCUUCAACUUGACAGAGAUGCUAGAGCUUUGGUAAGCCAUUUCAGCAUCAUGACACAGAGAACUGUUAGAGACAAGUUUGCACGUCUUACUCAAAUGGCAACAAUUCUAAAUUUAGAAAAGGUGUCUGAGAUUCUAGAUUUCUGGGGUGAGAACUCUGGACCUAUGACCUGGAGAUUAACUCCAGCAGAGGUUAGGCGUGUAUUGGGUCUGCGAGUUGAUUUUAAACCAGAAGCAAUAGCUGCUCUGAAGUUGUAAUACCCAUGUAUAUUGUCUCUUCACAUUCUGUUGUUUAGUUUUUUAAAUUUUGCAUUACAUCUUCAUUCUUUUUGUUAUUAUUUUGUGUUUGGGAAAUUAACAUAUAAUUCUGUUAUGCUAGCUUCAAAAGCAAAAGAAUACGCAAGUGUAAUUAGAUUUGCCACCCAAGAUAGGUCUUGCUUAUGCAUGGAGCAUCUUGUGUCAAAGAGUCUUUGUACUUUGUUACCUACUUUCCAUUUUUAUUUUUUGUAAAUAAUUUU